GUAUCCCCGUUCCACGUAGCUAUGCAUUCGGAGUAUAUAAACUGUCGAAGCCACCAGUAAAGGUACAUUCGACUAGCAAUCAUGGCUCUUCGCACAUCUCUGUUGCUGGUUUCCACGGUGUGUAUUAUAAGUCGACCCGUAAUUGGCGCAGAACUUUCCAAGCUCUCGAAAGUUAAACCAGAGCCCAAAGCAGAAAAGACUGAUGACGUCACUGCCAAAAGACUGGUUUUCGGUGCACUUCACCCGGCAAGCCAUUUCGGCCUCGGUGGUGCAGCCUCUGGCAGUGGUAGCGGUUACGGUCAGGGCUAUGGUUCUGGAAAUGGUGCAGGAGCUAUAGGCGUGGGAGUAGGAUUCGGUUCCGGAGGUGGUGGUGGAGUAGGAGGAGGUGGUGGAGGCGGUGGAGGAGGUGGUCUUGGAGGUAGUGGUGUAGGUGGUGGAGGAGGAGGUGGAGGAUUUGGCAGUGGAGCAGCCAGCAGUAACUACGGGGCCACUGGUUCUGGCUUUGGACAAGGUGGCAGUUCCGCUUACGGACAAGGAGGUGGUUCCGGUGGUUUUGGACACGGAAGUGGUUAUGGAUCUGGAAGUGGUUCCGGAAGCAGUAGUGGUGGAUACGGACAUGGAUCCGGUGGAAGUUAUGGAAAUGGCUUUGGGGGAGGUCAAGGAGGCAGUUUUGGCGGGGGAUCUGGUUCUGGAAGUGGUUCUAUCAGCAGCAGUGGUGAAGGACACGGUAGUGGAGGUGGUUUUGGCAGUGGUGGUGGUGGAUAUGGACAAGGAUCCGGUGGAAGUUAUGGAAAUGGUUUUGGAGCUGGUCAAGGAGGUGGUUUCGGUGGGGGAUCUAGCGGUUACGGUGGGGGAUCUGGCGGUUACGGUGGAGGAUCUAGUGGCCACGGAAGUGGAUUUGGCGGUGGCUCUGGUGGUCAAGGAAGUGGCUUCGGCGGUGGAUCCGGUGGCCAAGGAAGCGGUUUCGGCAGUGCAUCUGGCCAGGGCGCUGGUUACGGCCAAGGAGGAGGUGGAUUCGGCGGCGGUGGCGGACAUGGUUUUGGAGCUGGCCACGGGUUCGGUGGCGGUUUUGGGCACGGUGGAGGAUUCGGUCAUGGCGCAGGUUACGGAGCUGGCGGUGGAUUUGGAGGUGGAGGUGGAGGUCAUGGUCUCUUCGGCCUUCAUCACAAACCUCAACUCAUCGGAGCCCUCGCACACGGUGGCGGAGGUGGCCUUGGAUUCGGUGCCGGUGUAGGUGGUGGCUCAGCAGCGAUCUACGGUUAAUGCCACAACACGAGUAGUUAAAAAUUACUCAAACGAAUACCAACAGAACAUAAUAGUAUAUCAUUAUAAUAUUUAUCAAAUAGAAUUAUUUAAUCAUGCAUUAAUAAUUUGUGAAUGUGUAUUGAUUACACUAUCAAUUAAUGUUUUUUAAGAAAUGUAUAAUGUAUCGUUACAGAUUCGCUAAACAUCUGAUAUUUUUCAUUAUGUAUCAAACUAAAAUAUGUGAAAACCAUAUAGUUAU